ACCUCUCCCACAUGUCUCAUCACUUCUCCUUCCUUUCUCCGCCAUAGCCGCCAAAAUUCCUACCGUUUCCGGCCGUUCUCCCGCCUCCGCAAUUCGCUUUUGAUGGAUUUCAAGUCCAAAUUCCGUUUCAUACGACAGAGUGAAAGCUAAGGAGUUCGAGGAGGAAGAAGGACGGAACAGAAAAAGUGGUUUGAUUUAUGACACCACAAUACAACCAAACCCCACACGAGUCCCAAGCAAAAAGUCCCAACUACUUAUCUCUCUCUUUCUGGUGCUCUGUAUCGUAUAAGCACGUACACGAACUUGCGCGCGCGGCACUCUCUCUUUCUUUCUCUGAAGGAAGCUCACUUUCUUUGUUUCUUUUCCUCUUAUACUUCACUUUGCAGUUUCGAUUGUUCUGUUUUUGUUCGAUGAGAGACGGUGAUUGUGGCUACCGGUCUGGUAAUUGAGACCUCCGGAAUGACCGACAGCAACUCUGUUGCGAAGACCUUCCGAGCUCUGGUGGAGAGCGCCGACCGGAAAUUUGCUAGGGUCCAAGACGUCCCGGCUUACGGCCGUGUGGACAACCACCACUAUUUUCAUAAGGUUUUCAAGGCAUAUAUGCGUCUAUGGAAGUUCCAGCAGGAAUUCCGCGCCAAGCUUGUUGAAUCUGGUCUCAACCGCUCUGAAAUUGGCGAGAUCGCUAGUCGGAUAGGUCAGCUUUACUUUGGGCAUUAUAUGAGAACCAGUGAGGCCAGGUUCUUGAUUGAAGCCUAUGUGUUCUACGAAGCGAUUCUUAAUCGAAACUAUUUUGAGGAAUCGAAGAAUUCGAGGAAGGAUCUGGGAGCGAGGUUCAAACAGCUGAGGUUUUACGCGAGGUUUUUGCUGGUUUCGUUGCUUUUGAAUCGCACGCACACGGUUCAGGUUCUCGCCGAGAGAUUGAAGGCUCUGGUGGACGAUAGCAAGGUCGCUUUUCGGGGCACUGACUUUAAAGAAUGGCGGCUAGUUGUACAAGAAAUUUUCUGCUUCAUGAAAGUAGCAACAAUCUCAAUGAAUGUCAGACCUCUGCGUUACUCUGCUUCAUUUGAUUCCCAUCAGUUAUCCCUUCCAUUUGUAGCUCGUUUCCAUGCAAAGAGGGUUCUUAAAUUCCGAGAUGCUGUUUUGACAAGCUACCACCGAAAUGAGGUUAAAUUUGCAGAAAUUACUUUAGACACGUAUAGAAUGCUACAAUGUCUCGAAUGGGAGCCUGGUUUCUUCUACCAAAAGCAUCCAGUUGAACCAAAUGAAAAUGGUGCUACCAUUGAUCAUUCUGGGGCUUCUGGUAUAAUUGAUAUUAAUUUAGCUACCGAUAUGACUGAUCCAUCUUUACCUCCAAAUCCAAAGAAAGCUAUCCUCUAUCGGCCUUCUGUGACUCAUUUGAUAGCUGUCAUGGCUACAGUUUGUGAGGAGCUCCUUCCAGAUAGUAUCAUGCUGAUUUAUCUAUCUGCAGCAGGAAAAUGUUGUCAAAACAGUGUCAAUCAAAUGGCAAGUUAUGGGGAAUCAAGAAAAUCCGUGAGAAGUAAAGUCAUCACCCAGAACUCACGAGAAAAUUGUAAUGCUUUGCCUGAAUCUUGUAAGAGUGAGAAGCGAGGAUCAAGUGACCUAUAUGAUGAGUAUUUGUGGUUUGGGCAUAGGAGUAAUGGAGGUCCAAACGUUCUAUACCCUGGUGAUAUAAUUCCCUUUACACGUAGACCUGUUUUUCUGAUAGUUGACAGUAACAACAGCCAUGCAUUCAAGGUUCUACAUGGUGCAGAGAGAGGAGAGACUGCCGCCAUACUUCUAUCACCUUUGAGGCCUGCAUUCAAGAAUCCCUUAAAUGUUGAUACGAUUCAAUCCGGAAGUCAGUUCACUUUUUUCUUGACUGCCCCUCUUCCUGCAUUUUUUGAAAUGGUUGGCCUGUCCUCGGCCAAUAUGGAUACAGAUGUUUACAAUGAUGCUGAAACCAUAGUCUCCUCCGCAUUUUCGGAGUGGGAAACAGUUCUUUGUACAUCAACUAGCUUGAAUAUCGUUUGGGCCCAAGUUUUGUCUGAUAAUUUUUUACGCCGUCUCAUUCUCAGAUUUAUAUUCUGUCGAUCCGUGCUAUCCUUCUUCAGUACUAAAGAAGAUGAUGAUCUUCCUAUUUGUCUGCCUUGUCUCCCCGAUUCUGUUGCUUCUAAGUCUGGAGUUGUCUGCUCAGCAAUUUGCCGUCUCGCAAAGCACCUUAACGUUGCAGACUUAUUUAACUUCCAUGAAGUAUGAUCACGAUCUAGAUAUUGCGAAAACAAAUUUGAGUUCAUAGUCUUCCUCAAAGGUCAGUUCACAACCGAAACAUUACACCAUUGACCUCUUGAGAGUUGCAGUAGGACCACAAAUUGGUAUUUGUUCUGAAGCUAAAAUUUAUGAAACACUGGUAGUGUGAUGGUGGUUGCCUUCCAUUUUAAUGUUUAUGAGCAACCUGUUGUGGGCUUACUGUUUAGUUAGAUGAGAAUGUGAUAAUUUAUUGUAGGUUUCUAUUGAGUCUUGAAGAUUCAUUUAGUUCCCUCUUAUUUUUUGGGCCAAUUUUUCUUUCAUUUCUGUGUGGAAAAAAAGUGGGGAAAAGAAAUUGAAGCAGAGAAAUGAAACAAGUUACUUGUAGAUGCUGGCAAAUGGGGGAGUGUACAAUCGCUUCUAGGACGCUUAUUACAAAAGUGUCAAAUCAUGAGAAGUCUGACUUCAUCUUUGUAACUUGAGUCUGUUCAUUAUUGGAGUGUUAUAAGAAAGCAUUUUCGAAGUUCAGGAA